CACGUGACAUGAGUCGGCCCUGUAAAAUGCUUCAUUAACAUAAGAAGCAGUUUUCCAUAUAGCGGAAGCAGCGAAAGAAGAAGAAAGAGUAAGUUUGGGAAAGAGCAAAGGGAAAUAGAAAAUGAAUCAUAACCCACAAUCCAGCGAUGGGAAGCAUGAUGACGACUCUGCUCUCUCCGAUUUCCUCGGCUCUCUCAUGGAUUAUACUCCCACUAUACCCGACGAAUUGGUCGAACAUUACUUGGCCAAGAGUGGUUUUCAAUGUCCCGAUGUUCGAUUAAUAAGGCUUGUAGCUGUUGCCACACAGAAGUUCGUUGCGGAGGUUGCAAGUGAUGCACUUCAGCAUUGCAAGGCAAGGCAGGCUGCAGUCGUCAAGGACAAAAGGGACAAGCAGCAAAAGGAUAAACGCCUAAUCUUGACAAUGGAUGAUCUCUCAAAGUCAUUGCGUGAGUAUGGAGUGAACGUGAAGCACCAGGAGUAUUUUGCUGAUAGCCCGUCAACUGGAAUGGAUCCUGCUUCUAGAGAUGAGUAGCUGCAGUUGGAUUGGACCAUGUUAGUACUUGUUAGAUUGUAUUAGUUGAUCUACAUGUGUAUCUUUGUCAUGUUUCUGUUAAUGCUACUAUAGCAUGCUGCUCAGUUUUUUUCCGCUUAAUAUCUGUUCAGUGUUGGAUUUUGAAGAUGAUUAUUAUUAUGUAGCUGAGUAUUAGUUAUUUUGUCCAAAAUAUGAUCAUGACAAGCAAGAAGCCAUGCUUGAGUUUUGGCUAAAUGCUCAAAAUUAGGAUCAAACGUUUAAGUGGUUGUUCAAUUUAGGAUCACAAAUUUUAAUUCGUAUAAAUAAAGAUCAAACGUUAUCUAUUUGUAACAAUGUAAGAUUUAUUUUAAUGAUAAAAGGAAUGUGUAUCUUACAUGUUGUUGAAUU